AUGUGGACAUGCCCUAAACUUCCUGGGUACUUCAAAGCUUCUGGCCUUCUCUGCUACACUUCUAUGCCCUCUGUAUUCUCUUCCAACACCUGGAACAUGCUCAGAUCUGGAAAUACUGGUGUUAGCUCUGAACUUGGUCAUUUUUGGCCAUAUCAACAAACUCUCUGUUCUCUGGCUAUUCUGAGCCCAGAAGAAAACACAUCAUUGGCUUUCUGCCAGUUAAAUCCUAUGGAUUUCUAUGCCACCUCUUCCUUAAACUAUGAUCUUUUACACUGGGAUCAAGGAAGUUUUGGCAUUAUCAACUGA